UUGGAAGCAGGAACAUGGAGGACUAAAAGUGUCGAUUGUUUUGAACUUGUGUCACGUUCUUCAGUGGCUGUGAUUUCACGAGAAGAUGUUGAAUCACUUCAGACAUCCAAUUUCCGCUUUUUUAGAAUGCAGAAAGAACUUUUAAGCGAUGAAUUUAAUCAAUCUGGAUGCAUUCAAAAUGAUCCUGUCCUGCACAAAUUGUUUGAAGAUGCCAUAGCGGUCCUGCGUCUUGCUGGAGCUGAUGACAAUUCUGUUGGUAAAAAUUAAGCUAUUUAAUAUGAAAUGUUGCUCUCCGUUUUCCUUGAUCUUGUGAGGCAGGAACCGAACCAGUAAACCGAUCGGAGAAAUACUUGCCCUUCUUGUGAGGUGUUUGAAGAGUGCGCACAGAAGCUUACCCCUCCCCCUCCCCCCUAGGCUAAAAACUAUUGUACCUAAUAGGUAAAAGAAUGUUUCCUUGGUGUCACUGAAACAAGUUUAUUGAAAACUGCGUAUCUAACAAGACAUAAGUAAUUAUUACUUCUCGAUUUUCACAGUGGAUGUCAGAUUCGCGGGAUGCACAAUAUCACUCUUUUAUUUUAUGACAUCACAAUCAAUCACAACAAUGAUUUGUUCUACGCAUUCCAUCACACUGCAUUCUGUUCCACACUAUAGGUUUUGCUGGUCAAAGAUUCAAAGAUGUUUGAAGAUAAGGAUUCUUUCAAGUUAUUUUGAUUGUACAUGUCAGACACACGUAAUUUUAAUGUGAAGUAAUAAGUUUUGUUUUUUGUAGAGGAAAGCAAAGCCUUGUUCAAAAGGCAAUAAAAUAGUAAUGAAGCAAUGUUUUGCAACCAAAAGAAAUUUCCAACUAGACCGAAGCGUGCCAUUCACGUUUCCACUACAGUUUUGCUCAUUUCUCCUUUUAUAAUAUCUUAUUACACACUCAGUGAAUAGUAAGAAGAAAAGAUAUAAGCAAUUAUCACAAGCCGUUUUAAUUGCGUUCAAAGAUCGUCAAAAGGCUUUAUGACAAUGUAACAUAAAAGAGAAAUUCAUCACAGACACAUUAAAUUGAGGGUUUCAACUACCCUCAACAAACUUCAUGCAACCAAAAAGCCCAUUGAUCGGAGUUCGGUAUAUAAAGGCAAUGGGUGUGCAACGACUUGUGGUAAAUAAUCUUCUUCAUUGUGAUAGGAAAAAUCAAGAUGCAUCGUGGGUAGAAAUUGAAAAUUUUUGUCCCUGUGCAGAUUAAGACUGCCGCCUUGCUCGCUCAGUUCAGGCUCACUAACGCAGGGCAGCAAUAAAAAAAAAACAUACCAGUAGAUAAGGUUUCGUAUAUCUUUUGAUCAAUGCUAGUCAUUUUGUCAUUUAUCACAGUGUUUUGACUGAUGAAGUUGGAGGUUUUAAGUGCACCAAACACUAGAAAUAACUCCCUUUGUAAAAAAAAAACAAGCAAACAAACAAAGAAUCAAACAGUGACCCAAUUAUAUUCUCAAAACUUGCACCACACAUUAAAUUAGUAAUAAAUUAACAGUCCUCUACAGUUAAAUGGAAGUUACAAUAAUAUUUACUUUGUGUACUUAUUUGACUCAAAACCAGCAGGGCACAAAAUAUCAGAAGAAAGAUACCAAGAAUCUCAGCUGCAGCAGGGAAGGAGCAGGCGGAAGAAAAGACAACCUGAACAGAAGAAUGAAAAGCAAGCUGAGAGGAUGCCAGUGAUAACAAAGUCAAAAAGAAGAAAACUGGAAAGGAUAAAAGCUCCAGUGGUGCUUUUGAGAAAAAUGAGGGGAGUUGAGGGUAAGUAAAUAGACACAGGGCUGUCAUUAAAAGGCGGGCGGGGCCGGGGAUUUUCCCCAGCUACUAAGAACGUGGCCCCUGGCUACUUUCAUAGGAAAAUAGCUGCCUUGCACCCAGAUGUCUCUCUCUCUAUGAAAAUGUGCGCGCAAAGGAAGGUGGGAAGGAGACAACGGGUGAGUCAUCGCUUUACCUGCCAUCUGUACCCUUCCCAUGGUCCCUUGCGGUUCAUCACCAGUCGCUCCUCUACUUUGCGAAAAACGAAGCGCCUGAGGAGGAGGCUGGGAAAAAAGAAGAAAAACAGAACCAAAAGAAAUCCCUAGCUGUUUGAUUUCCCACCGACUUGUUGUAUUUACCUGGCAACUUGAAAUCUUAGUGACAGCCCUGUAGUCAGCAUAUGUUUAGAAAUAACAUAAGAAAAAAAAAUUCAACUUUGUUACAAAAAAUUCAUAAAACUCUUCCCAGUACUGUAAACUGCCGCUUAUACGCCCUGGGCUUUGACGACUUGGUAAGGGGUUUUAGGAGGGCUUAUAAAUGGAGGGGCUUAUAUUGGAUUGGGCUUUACUGGAAUAGAAAAAAGUGCUAUAGCAGUGCUGAUCAAAAUAAGUUUUGCAUGUAUAGGUUUUCAGUUAAGCUUUGAAAUGUCAAAAUAUCUUGUAUUCAUUUCAAAACAAGCUAGAGGGGGGCACUUAUAGCUGGGGGGUGCAUAUAUAUUAGUUGUAUUUUUUGUUACAGGUACUGUCAACUCCGUUUUAGGGGGAGUUUAUUUCAGUCAAAUUUCUGUGAUUUAUUUUACCUGGGAUUUAGCUGCUGUCUGUAUUAUCGGGGUGUCUGUUAUAGCGGGGUGUCCGCAAGGCCAGAGCUGACUGUAUAUGGGCCUAUAAGUGGGAGGAUGAAUAAGCAAGGGGGGUGGGGUGCUUAUAAGCAGCAGUUUAGGUACCAUUUCUUUGACUGAGAAGGAUUAAAUCUUUUAUUUGCAACUUAGAACUGAGAAGACCUUACAGUAAAAGUGCUGUUAUGGUUGAUGAUUUGUUGAACUUGUUGUACCCUUAUAGUUCCUUCAGAAGAGGAGCAGAAGAGUUCUGUGGAGCAGAUGUUGAAAUAUAUCAACCAGUUGCCUUCCCAAGAAACAUUCCAACCACCUCCAUUACCAUGUGUCUCUUUAUCAGUGGAUGAAAAUGAUGUUAAGUACCAUGAUCUUACCAUUCAAAAGAAAUAUUAUUCAAAAUAACUUGCCUAAAGUGAAUAUUAAGUAUUUAUAAUGAAAAAUUAGAUACCCCUCCCCUCCAAUAAUGCUUUUUGGGUGGGAGGGGAGGGGUGAGGGCAGUAAGGGGAGGUCAGUUUCGGUCCUCCAUGUUUUUCCCAAUAGUGUUUAUCAGUCAAGUUUCUCUAGAUACACUGUAGACAUACAGAUGUUGAACCCAAGACCAGUGCUUCACACAGAUGACUGCACGCAACACACAAAGAAGGGACAAUAUGUCAUGCGUACUACUAUUUUGUUGCAUCUAUGUUUUAGCCCUGUCAAAAUAAGCUGGCAGCCCUCCAUUUCGCUUCUUCCAGUGGAAUAAUUAUUUGCUGCUUGUUCAACACUCUACUCUGACUUCAUUUUAUCCUGCCUACUACUCCAAAACAUUUGGACUGCACUAAUUUUUGUACAGGACAUUGCAUCAUAACCCUUGUUUUUCAGUAACUGAUUGCCCGGUCACUUUUAAAGAUCUGGGAGUGUUUUUGCAUUUCUGUGUUGUUUUGGAUAGCAAUAAAUGACUGCAAUUUGUUUUUGUGUGGUUCUUUUCUUGUCUUGCUUGUUUUGUUUCAUAUAAAAAGGAAACCAUUGAUGUUAUGGAACAUAAACCAGACUCUAAUGGAAGAAUCCAAGACUGUACUUACCUGUCAAGUGAAAAAGAUGUUGGGCUUUGGAAAAUGCUUGUUGCAUCACCAACCAAUCGUAAUGUUUUUGUGGGAGGCUUGAGUCAAGGUGUGACAUCUGAAAUUUUGCGCACAGCAUUUGAAGCCUUUGUUUUAAAAGGAGAAGAAAAAAAUCAUCUUAAGGUAAUGGCAACAUGAUAUUGUCAAGUGGUCAAAAAUUAAACAAUUAUUGGAACUAAAUUUUAGUGAAAAUGAAUUGCUUUUACACUUUUGCCUGUGUAUUUCUUCCGCUGAAAUAUUCCCAUGGAAUAACAUACUACAAUGUUAACCUUUUAUGCUUUGUCACAUUUCUCUUUAACAAACUGCGUACAAAAAUGUCAACUUAAGGUUGUUUGGUACUUAUUACUAGUGAAAGUAAUCUGCAAGCAAGCGUGAUGCUUGUGACCAUAUGAUACAAAUUAUACAAGCUGCAAGGAUGUACAAUCAUAAACCACAAACAAACAUAUAUAAACCUUUUAUCCCCAAAUUCUGAUUGAUACAUCAGCAUUUCAUGACUAAAAUUAAAGUAAACAAAGGUAACAAAUCAUGAUGUUGAUUCAGUUUAUGAUAUUUAGGUUCAUUUUUGUUGCAGGCACAUGUAGUAAUGGAUACCGUUAGGCAGCAGUCCAAAGGGUAUGGAUUUGUAACUUUUCCUUGUAGGAGAUCCACAGAGCUGGCCUUGAUAUGGUGAGGGGUGAUCUUUAUUGUGACAAAAAACAUAGGCUGUUUGGCCGGUAUGCCUCUAUGGAUAUAGCUAGUAAAACUAGUCUUCUAUAUAUAGGGCCCAAAUUACAGUCAAUAUUGUUUAGUACAAUCACAGCUAACCACCACACCCUGUAGGAUGACAAGUUGACCUUGUGAAAAAGAUUCAAACUGGUAGUAAGUGGCUAAAACAUCGUGAUCUUAUCAUAAAUGUCUAAUUUAAUAGCAGGGAUGUCAUGUUAAGGGCUGGGGGGGAUAUUGGGUACUAUAUGAACAUUACCCCAGCCACUUACAUGGGAAAACAGAAGAAAAAAGGUAUGAAAAGAAAUCCCUGGCUGUUUUAUUUCUGGCCUGCUUGCAGUGUCCUGACCAGGCAAUUUGAAAUCUUAGUGACAGUCCUGUGAUGACAUUACAACAUGUUUCUGAACCUGUAAUACUGGUAGUUAUGUAAACUAUUAUUUUGUGUAUGAGCAGUAUGCAGGAUUUUGAAAUCCAUGGUCAUGCAAUGCAGUUAGGAUGGGGACAGGAGAACAGAAAAGAGAAGUUGUCAAAUGUUGCAGGAGACUCUAGAGUCAUCGUUAAAGACCAGAAGCAUCUUAGUGACAAGGUGGGGGGUUAACCUUCUAAAGCUAAGAGUUAAAAAGUUAGAAUUUAAAUUGUUUUUGAUUCACAAAUUUCUUUGUCUUCCUUCACAAAUUCUUCAAGAUUAUGAUAAAUUAGGGUUAGGAGAUAAGGGAAACUGAAACAUUUAUUCAUAAUCAUGAAUCAUUAGAACCUUAAGGAUUUCAUCCACAGACUCAAAAGUUGGAACCUGCACCUAGUACAACAUGAUAAAACGGUACUACAGAAAAGUACUGCUCAUUAGCUUUCGUUUAAAUGGUCACACUUUAGGAUUUCAUCCACAGACUCAAAAGCUAGUACUUAGUUACGCUGUAUUGUUUUGUGUUACAAGCAAUGAUACGAAAUGUACCAUGGAAUGAUGUCUUGCAACAAAUUUCUCACCUGUUUUCCUUAGGUGUUUGUGAAAAGCAAUGGGAAUGUCAUUUCUGAUACAGUUUAUUCUGAUGCUGUAGACCCUUCAUCAAAGUAAGCCCAACAAAUUAAGAGUGAUUUUGUGUCGUGCUUAUUCGUAUUAAUCAACAACAAUAAUGCGCAUGGUAAAUAUUUGUACAGGCAGUCAUCAAAGAGAUGUUUAUCAAGGUGGGAUCAAGAAACACCAAAAAAAUAUCAAAGAACGAAGGAAUUGACAGAGCUGGAUCCACCAAGAGGUGGUCCUAGCGAGGAAAGAUGUAUGUUAGAUGCGUGUCAACUGACCUCAUUGUCUGACGGUCAACUAGAUCAUUCAAAGUCAGCAGCAAAGUAAGUGAAGCCAAGAGUAUCAUACUUGUGGUGGUGUGUCGGGGGGGGGGGGAUACAAAGGUUUGGUUUAUCAGCUCAGUUGGGAAGGUAGGUAGAUGGCCACCGUAGGGGGAUUUAGAGACUCGUUUUGAAAUCGGCUGCUAGACAAGAGUAUGGUAUUUUGGCAAAUAAAUGUCCUGUCUUUUUAACCGUUUUUGGUCACAAGGGGUGGGGGGUACUAAUUUAAAGAAAGCGGUUGUUUGAAGAAGGCGGCUUUUUUAGACACCUAAGCGAGACGACUGAGAUGACUAAUCAUAUGGGAGUUCCCCGCCGUUGCCUCGGAGCCAAGAGAGUGGGAAUUUUUCCGGCCCCCUCCUUUCUUUCUCGCUGUUUUAAUAGAAGGGAUAUAACAAGUUUAGUUUCGCCAUUUCUCGACAGCGUACAGUAUAUGAAAUGACCAUCCAAACGUACAACACAAACUGAAACAUAACGCUUACUACAGUCUCAGUCAAGAUUGUUGGGACACUUAACUGUCCUCUUGCCCUGUGCAAGAUUUGGUGAGUUCACUGCGGUAAACAACAUUGAGAGGACGAGGAGACGGGCCAGAAAUAAAAAAACAGCGUUAGGUGGAAGUGUCCCGAAUAUUUUUGUCUGAGACUGUAGUUCUUGUUUCCGUUCACUGUUGUUUACCUCAGCUCAAGGUUGCUUGAAGUAGUAAGUAUUGUUGAUUGUUUUGUUUUCACAGUGAAAACGUUAGCGGUAAAAGGGAUGAGACCCCGAGAAGAGUUAUUCAGUGGCUUACACACGACCAAAAAAUGACACUGGUAAAGACUGUCUGUUCCCUUAGAAUUGUGCGUUUUACCACCCACGUUCAAACCUUUCACAGCAAAUGAGGUUGCAAGUUGCGAGAAUACUGACUUCUGGAUAUAUAAUUAUCCGGUAGUCACGCCAUAUACGGGCGUUUUGUCACUUGCUUCGAAACAAGUUUGCCUUGGGCUGGUAAAAAUCGCAAAAUGUACAGAUUUUCUUGCAAAAAAAGUACUAUUCUCUGCUUUCUCCAACAACUUUUCGCAACCAGUAACCUAAUUUAUUGCAACGCGGGUGGUAAAACGCACAACAUCACUUUCCAUCUCGUUUCGCAGCAAUGUUGCAAAAUAAACUGCACGUGUUUGUUGCCCUAGCCACCGAUUGCACGUGUUUGGUUUUGCAGACUUAUCUGUUGUACGCUUGACGCUACAGGAUUCCCCUCGCCCGCCACCUUUAAGGUACUUUCCCAUGCUUGGCAACGAUUUUCGUGCUUUCCCAUGACUGUAUUUUUGAAUCUGUCAUAAGUGUGCGUGUUUGUAUGCAGGGACUUUCUCAAUAACAGCUCCCAAACUUUCUCUUUUGCUACAAGAUUGAUGUAGUUUAUAAGUAAGGUAGUAUUAUUGGUCGUCAAUGCGCAUGCACGGAAAUGCAAUUGACCCACUUGUUUUGCGUAGGGAAGGAAAAAACAAGGCAAGAGCAUUGUUUAGUAACUCUGAAAGGUUCACCAAAGUCUUUCUAUUUUGCAGUUGAAAACCGUUUGCUCAAAUCUUCGCGCCUUCAGUGUGCGAGGUCAUAUUGGAGUGUUUGGUCUUCAUUACGAAGCGGACAACAGCCGACUCUACGUAGUAUGCGCCAAGCACAUCACAGAAUCACAGUUGGUGAAUGAAUUCUCAGUAUUUGGCGCUGCUCAAGUUAAAUUGAAUAUCGACUCUAAUGGCUUGUCCAAGGUAUAUAUUUUAGUACCUUUUGCUUGACCAAUCAGUGCUUAACGGUUUCUCUCGUCAGUGUCAUUUGCCCAUUCUUACAACGACUGAGGCAACGGAUUUUCCGAAGAUUUCUGAAUAAUUUCGAAGUUUUUCUAGGAAAGAUUGAAAUUGUUUUCAUUUUUGACCAACACGUGAAGUUGUAGGAACUAAACAUUUUCCACAAAUUCUCAAAGUUCUGAUUCACUAACUUUCCAGAUUAUUUGAAUCAGUCUUAGUUUACACAAAGCUGAUUGCUAUAAUUUAAGGUCUUCAGUAGCCCCAACUAUCAGAGUUCCUACUAAUGAAAGGAAAAUAACAUUCCUUGUCAAUCUGUUUUUCUGUUUUAGGGUUGUGCCUUUGUUCAGUUUCCAAACGGAAAGUGUGCUGAAAAAGCCAUCAAAGAGCUUCAUGGAAAGGUAACUAAGCGAGGUACAUAAAGAUAAUGCCAAAAAAGUUGCCUUAUUUGUAAACCUUGCAAGUAGCCUAAGAAAACAGCCGACAUUUCGCGACGCCACCAAUGGUUACCCUGCCAGAUGAUGUCUGAGAAAAGAGCGCAGAAAUUCAAUACUGGUGACGUGUCAGAUCUGGGUGUUACUUCUGAUUGGUUGCGCGAAAUUUGCUUCAACCAAUCAGAAGCACUUUCCAGAUCCACGUCUGGGUAGUGGCACGUCAUCAAUAUAAAAUUUCUUCGUUAGUUCCUCAGACGUCAUUUCGGCUCUCAGACGACAUUUCGGUGUCGUUGCAAAAUGUAGUCUGUUUCGCCCUGGGGACGAGGUUGUUUUGUUUCCCAGGCUACUCCGCGAGUAACGAUGAGAGUUAACCCCAAAGGUUAAGAAGUCGACGUUUUUUCUCCAUCGACGCUGUUUUGUACAGUCGUCAGGUUACGGUGAAAACUGCCAGAAUCUUGAUCGUUCCCGUCUUCGUUUCUUCCACCAACGAAUUACUGAAAUAAUUGACACAGUUUAAUACCUAGGAUAACUUACCUAAGAUUUUUACUUUUUUGUCAAGCUUAUUAGAAUUUAAAGUCAACCCAAAUACAAAUCCGUCGAUCCUAAUUGACGAUCCUUGCGUCGAACGUCUUAUGCUCUUGAUAAUGGCAAUCAGACUAAUACACUGAUGUAUAGAUUCUGUGAAUCAAUGUCAACUUUAACAUUUGAGAUAUUUAAAUAUUAAAAACCUGGCCGAAACGUUUCACAACCACUAUCAUUUCUUUGAAAUAUGAAUAACGGUUAAGAAAUUUCCGUUCAAAACCACUUAACAUGAAGGUUCAAAACAAUGCUAAUCCCCUAAAAACUUUUCUCUGUUCGUGCCCUAAUUCUUGAGGCGGACGUGAGCGUUUUUUAGGGAGAAUGGGUAAUUACACCAUUUUGUAGACUAAAAUCCUAGAGCAGUCUCUUCUAGUUCUCAAAUUUUCUUUUCCCGAAAAUAGUCCGUCAGUCUCUUUUUCUGUAGUCCGUCGAGCAAAACGCGAGACACGCGAAUGGCCACGCGCGAGACGUUGUUCGGGAAGCGAAACUCAUAACAACGUACUCGCCGCUGCACUCGACGGACUCACUAGGGAGGUUAAGCAACAACGACGGCGACAAGAACGGUAAAAAAGCAAUAGGUUGAAUAGGCAAAACAACAACUUUGCACGUGUAUCACGCUUUUUUGUACAUUUCUUUGCCGUCACUACAGGACCACAGUACGACGGGAAACUGCCUAAUUUUUACGGAAUAAGAGCAAUGAAUUUUGAAACAGCGCGGUAAAUUCACUUUUUUAUGGCGCGUUUUCGCCCCUGUCGUCGUCAUCUCUUAAACUCACUCCGCGGUACUGUUGACUACAGGCCGACACUACCUCGUUUGAUUCGCACUUUGGUGGGCUCGCAGAAACUACAGAGCCUGUAAACAAGCUCUUCACUUUACUGCGCGUAUCGUAGCCUGCGAACAGGGCCUCGUGGAACGUGGUGUCGACUUCUCUUCGCGAGACUGUUUUGUUCUUCGUCCAUUGUAGAAGGCAUGAUACGUGACCAUAUGUGGGAUACAAGUGAAUGUAGAUACUAAUCUGUUCGCGCGCGUUGUUUUUGUACCGAUUUCAGCCCAGCAUGACAAAAAACGCGGAUCGAAAUCCCCGCAUUCUGAUUGGCCAACGCGAUCUUAGCAGUGGGGGAUUUUCGUUAAAAAGUACGUUAGACUUGCGCUACCCUUGUGCACCACACGGGAACCACACGGGCACCCAACGACUUAUUUCUAUAAAAUAACUGUACGAAGGAGCAAAUAUUGCCUAAUUCUAAAGCUCAAGACAGGCCUAAAUUUCUGGAUGACUGAGUUAUUCGUCUAAUUUAUUCGUAGCCUGUUCCAGGCGUUCACCCCCUCUACUUUUCAUCGCUUUCUUUACUUCGCACCGUUCUCCACUAUCUGAACGCUUGGAACGGGCUUCUCAACUAUCUGAAACGCAAAAUGCGAGUGAUUUUGAAAUCUGGCUAAAAUAUCCAUUAGCAAACGUUUGCGAGUUUUUCAUUCAUGUCUCCCAAGUAAAAUUUUCGUUUUUAUUGGCUAUGGAAAAAAUUAUUACAUUUGCUUUAACAUCAGACAAUUUUCGUUUUUAAAUUUUACAUCACAAGCAAAUUUCAUCACCACCCCUCGUUUUUAAAUCGUACAUUUUCAUUUUGCGAACUUCCAAGGCAGUAUAGACAAAAUACCCAUUUGAAAAAAGAAUGCAAAUGCGAAUGAGUCUUGUCAGUGAAAUUGCUUGUCUUAAGUAAACAAGCAGAAGGAAGAUUGUUUUAAAUCUCUGGCCAUUUCAUUUCCAGCAAGGUCCUAUGGAUUGUUAGGAAUGAUUCUUAUCAAAAGCAUAUAUGCUUCUGUCCCUAUCCAUACAAUCACUCAAAAAUUAAUCACUUUUAUGAAUUACAGGUUGUUGGUGGUAUGCCCAUGAAAGUGAUGAUAGCUGAGCCAAAGGUUUGCAAAGGGUCAAGGACAAAGAAGAGCAGUUCACACAUGUGA